CGCGCUGAGCUGCGGUGCAGGCUCAGAGCAGGUGAGUGCGCGGACUGAGGAACAGCGCCACUCCUCCGGAGCUGUGAGGACACAACCAGCACCUUCACUCAUCUGUCGGGACAACGGCAAGGGCUGCGGAGUUUGCCCCCCCCCUUUUUUCUUUUCCAUCAUGGCUGACCACCUUUUACACUACAAUGACUCCGCAGGGGUCGGAAACCGGUUCGGCCGCAAAGGUGCUUUGCGCCAGAAAAACGUGCACGAAGUGAAAAACCACAAAUUCACCAUGAGGUUUUUCAAGCAGCCUACGUUCUGCAGCCACUGCACGGACUUCAUCUGGGGAUUUGGGAAACAAGGAUUUCAAUGCCAAGUGUGUUGUUUUGUGGUUCACAAACGCUGCCAUGAGUUUGUCACCUUCUCCUGUCCCGGAGCCGACAAGGGCCCUGACACAGACGACCCCAGAAGCAAGCACAAGUUCAAGAUCCACUCGUACGGCAGUCCCACCUUCUGCGACCACUGUGGUUCGCUGCUGUACGGCCUCAUCCACCAGGGGAUGAAAUGUGACACCUGCGACAUGAACGUGCACAACCAGUGUGUGGUCAACGUGCCGAGCUUGUGUGGGAUGGACCACACAGAGCGCCGGGGUCGUCUCUUCCUCAAGAUCGAGGUCAGCGGGGACAGGCUACACGUGACAGUGGGUGAAGCCAGGAACCUGAUUCCGAUGGAUCCAAACGGUUUAUCAGACCCGUAUGUUAAACUCAAGCUCAUCCCAGACCCAAAGAAUGAAACCAAACAGAAGACCAGGACCAUCCGUUCAUCUCUCAACCCCUGCUGGAACGAGUCCUUCAGCUUCAAGCUGAAAGCGUCAGAUAAGGACCGCCGUCUGUCCAUUGAGGCGUGGGACUGGGACCGGACCACCAGGAAUGACUUCAUGGGCUCCAUGUCGUUUGGAGUGUCCGAGCUCAUCAAAGCUCCCACAUGUGGAUGGUACAAGUUGCUGAACCAGGAGGAGGGAGAGUACUACAACGUUCCCAUCCCCGAGGUGGACGACGUCGAUCUGGAGCUCCGACAGAAGUUUGAGGCCUGCCAGUUAAAUAUCCACUAUCUCAAGAAAGCCAAACUGGGCCACGGUAAGAAAGUGAUCACGCCGUCAGACCACCGGCGCUUCAGUCUGCCUUCAAGUAACAUGGACCGGGUCCGACUCAGUGACUUCCACUUCCUGGCCCUGCUGGGGAAGGGCAGCUUUGGCAAGGUCAUGUUGGCAGAGACGAAGUCGACAGAGGAGCUGUACGCCAUCAAGAUCCUGAAGAAAGACGUGGUGAUCCAGGAUGAUGACGUUGAAUGUACGAUGAUAGAGAAGAGGGUCUUGGCCCAGAGAGACAAACCACCUUUUCUCACGCAGCUCCACUCCUGCUUCCAGACUGUGGAUCGACUCUACUUUGUGAUGGAGUACAUUAAUGGAGGAGACCUCAUGUAUCAUAUCCAGCGCGUGGGCAAGUUCAAGGAGCCACAGGCAGUGUUUUAUGCUGCAGAGAUUGCUGUCGGUUUGUUCUUCUUGCACCGAAAGGGAAUCAUCUACAGGGAUCUGAAGCUCGACAACGUGAUGCUGGACUCCGAGGGCCACAUCAAGAUAGCGGACUUUGGCAUGUGUAAGGAGAACAUGUAUGAAGGCAUGUCCACACGCACCUUCUGCGGCACACCGGACUACAUCGCACCAGAGAUUAUAGCAUAUCAACCCUACGGAAAAUCAGUGGACUGGUGGGCUUAUGGAGUUCUUCUGUAUGAGAUGCUGGCAGGACAGCCUCCGUUUGAUGGAGAAGAUGAGGACGAGCUCUUCCAGUCCAUCAUGGAGCACAAUGUUUCUUACCCCAAAUCCAUGUCAAAAGAAGCCGUGUCCAUCUGCAAGGGACUGAUGACCAAACAUCCGUCGAAGCGUCUUGGCUGCAGCCUAGAGGGGGAGAGGGACAUCAGAGAGCAGGCCUUCUUCAGACGCAUCGACUGGGAUCGCCUGGCCAACAGAGAGAUCCAGCCGCCCUUUAAACCCAAAGUGUGCGGCAAAGGAGCGGAGAACUUCGACAAGUUCUUCACGCGCACUCAGCCCGUGCUGACCCCGCCCGACCAGCUGGUCAUCGCCAACAUCGACCAGAGCGAGUUCGCCGGCUUCUCGUACGUCAACCCUCAGUUCCUCCAUCCAGCCCUGCACAGCGUGGUAUGAGGAAGGCGUGGAAACAUGGAAAAUCACGGACUGUCAGUAAAAUACAGGACCCUUCCAAACUCCAACCGACGUCCCACUGUCAACAGACUCGUAUCAUUCUCUAAAGUGUUCUGUCUGCUGGUUAUGGACAACUGCGUAAAGGAAUGACACAGGAGAAAGGAGCUGUGGUGAAAUCAUGUUAUGUCCAAUCUGAAGUGAGAGGAAAAAGAACAUGGCACUGAUAUUUUUACAUCAUUUCCCCAAAACAUCUCAUAUGACGUUCUUUAUUCUUCACCGUUAUCUGUUCCUCAGCCUUUUUUCUCGUGUAUGAAUGUGUCCUGGUAUCAGUCGCUCUCUCAUUAGAUAUGAAACAUGCAAGAUCCACGUCAUCCCACUUAUCUUCCCCCCCAUCUUACUACGCAACAAGCUGCAAUGCACGACGAGAACGGAACAUGUUUUUUCUGCUCUGUCCCGGCUUUAUCUACUUCUGAACUGCUACACGUGUAAAUUAUAUUUAUAUACUCAACAAAGAGGUUGUGUCAGUACACAUGAGUGCCAAAGUGGAAGUGGGAGAAUACAUUUCUUUUGCAGUUGCUGAAGUCCUUGUAAAGGUUGUUCCCCCUCUGGCCCUUCCCAGCAGUGUCAACAUAGCGAGACCCUUACACAGGGAGCGUUGAAAUCUUUUUCUGUAGGACGUGGAACUCUUGUAAAUCCGAUUCUACACAAACGGAAGCACAGUCUGCUCCUGGUUACAAUCUGCUGAGGGCUUUCCAGAGCAGUGGAUGUUGCCGACGGUGCGUGAAAGCAGGAUUUAGGGGUCAGAAAAUCAGAGAGACAGUAUUUUCAAAUAUAAAGACGCUAUUUCCAUAUGCACAAAGCAGAUCUCUGUUGCAUGCUUAUUUUCUGACUCUGUAUGAGCAGUAGACUCUAGGAUGCAGUACACGUCUAGUAUCAUUGUAAAUUUUAGUAUUAUGAUAUAAACUGUGUUAAUUGUCGUAUGUUUUCGAGGAGUCUUAUCCUGUUGAGUUUCCGUUCCUGUUUUUAUGUUCUGCUUAACUCAACUUUUAAGUCCCGUUGUAUGUCGACCUUUCUUCUCCCCUCUUUCUUUGUAAAUAUGUUUCAAACGAGAUGUUUCAAAAAGAGAAGUCACUUGCAGAUUUUAUACUAUGAACUGAAUGUGCUUUUAUUACCGUAGACGGUUUGGACAUUUCUAUGUUUAGACGACCCCCCUUCCACCCAAGAAAAGGUAUUCAUAACGUUUGGCUGAAUCUUUGGUAGCUUUGGUAUCAGCAAACCUUGUUACAUGUAUUUCCACGACUUCUCCGUUAUUUUCUACUACUCAGUGUCAUAUAGAGAAUAUGCAGCACCUCCCGAGCGUGGAACAUUUGAACGCCCUCUUGCCUUGGACGACUCAGGGCUGACUCCCUCUGUAACGAGCUGAAUUCACGCAGAUAGUAUGAGGAUUUCAGAAACAUGUCUUUUUCGUUGUGAAUCGUGUGUGCAUGCCAGCGGCGAGACCUGAUCUUAGCAUGAGAAAGACCCCUGCAUGAUACAGCGAUCCCUGGUGUGUGAGCAUGGAGCCCCCCCACCACCACCACCUUGUUGCACAGAAUGAGACAAACCAGUCCAACGAGCACUGUUUGCUUUACUGCUCAUCAUCUUCUUCUCCACCGUCACAGAGCCCGACCUGUUUGGUUGAAUAGCCGAUGUGUUGGCUUAUUGUUUAAUGGUGCCAAACUGACUCUUCUUGUUUCCAGUUAGGUUUGUCCAGCAGGGUUUUUUGUAAAAGGCUUCUACUGCAGCACAGCACAAAGCCAUGACGUUUUGUAGUACUGCCAAAUUUAGCUGCCACAGCUCUUAACCACAGAAUUAGUUACUUAACAGUAAACUGCAGCUGUCACAUCUGGACCAAAAUGAGAUUUACUUUGAAGCUUAAGAGAAAAAUGAAUGUUUACAUGUCUCACAUUGAGAAUCUGUAUUAAAGGAGAGGUUAAACAACAGAAAAACCUUUUGACGCAUGACAGAGAUAAUCAACCAGGGUACAGUACCACUACAGGCGGGAAAACCAGAGCCACAGGGAUGUUUGUAUGUUUCCUUCCACUGCCCCUGCUUUUGUUUACCUGAGUUUUCUUGUCCCUCUGUUCAUUGUGGUAUGAUGGAUACUGUGCAUUAAUAAAGUAUGAAAUCUACGAAAGA